CUCCAACUCUUCUCCUGUUCUCCAACUUCAGCCUGCAGCCGCUGCCGCUCCAACUCUUCUUCUGUUCUCCAACCUCGGCCUUCUCCUGUUCUCCAACCUCAGCCAGCAGCAUAACUUCAACUACAUGGCCUGUGUGUAACCCAUGGCCCAUGAAAAUGCAUCCCGUGAAGCCCAGUCCGCUAGAAUAAAAGGAACAGGAAAAUCCAAGAUCCAGAAAUGAAAAGCAACGCAAAUAACGACAUCUCUCUCUAAAAGCUUUCCAAGCUCUGAACUUUCUCUCUCCUCGAUCUCCGCCCAUGGAGAUGCCGUCGAUCUCCUCCGCCCCUCGCACCGUCGAAGACAUAUUCAAGGACUACAGCGGCCGCCGCAACGGCAUCGUCCGUGCCCUAACUAACGAGGUGGAGAAAUUCUAUGCUCUCUGCGAUCCAGAAUACCGACGGAAUUGUGCGCUUAGAUAUUUCACUGAUCGUCUUCAUGAGAUGCUGGGUUUAACAGCACCAUUUGCAAAUCCAUGUGGCAGCGGUCGCUUGAGAUUUCUUUAGGUAUUUUGAUUUUUUUUACUUGUGCAGUAUAUUUUGAUUUUUUUACUUGUGCAGUAUAUUUGUACAUUUGAUUGUUAUACUUGAUGAAGUUAGAACCGAACAAACCGAACCGAACCGAACCGAAC